AUGCCCAGGACGCCAGGCUCGAGUGCUUCUAGCUCGAGUCGUCGUGGCCGAGGCCGAGGAGGUAGAGGUUGGAGAGGCCGCACUUAUAACCGCAGAAACAGUGGCGGUUUGUCCUCCAGGGGUGGCUCAACACGGUCGCGAGCUCGCAAUCCUUCUUCAUCAAUCCGCUUCAGUUCUGUUUCUCAGAACCAAGGACAAUAUUCAGAUCCACAAGAACCGCAGACGCUCAAUGCCAACACUCGUGCUCGAAGCAGCAGUGAGCCCAUUCAACAUGAAGUUGUCAUGGCCAUCGAUCUCGGGGAGAAUUCCACCAUUGGGUGCGCAUAUUUCUCAACUACUGACGGGAUUCUACAUGUAUCUGAGGACAUUGCCACGGCUUCACUCGACAUUGCGGAGCAAUUCCUUAUCCAUAUCCAACCAACUAGUCUUCUUGUAUCUGCAAGAGCAUCUGCCAGUUUCCGCGACCAUCUGGAGAAGAUCACUGCGUCAGAAGGUGCCUCAAAAGGGGUCAUUUUCCGCGGCUUGCAGUCGUCAGAGUUCUCAAUCGAAACGGCACACGAACGACUUGUCAACCUCGAUUCUCAAGCUUUAUCUGCGACUGGCAUUGUAUUCUCCACAGGGAUUGAAGAGGAUGGAAGUGAAGAAUCCAUACCGGGUCUUUCCCAGCCCGAGUCGCAGGCAUUCCGUCAACUUCGCUAUGGAGGCUGCAUAAACAUGAAUAGCCAGGUAUCAGUAGGAUGUGCUGGUGCUUUACUUGGCGAUAUUCGUCGUCGACGAUCCGCUGAUUUUCUCCCUGAUGGACAAGUUGCCGGAGUUCUCUUUCGUGUUGUUGACAUCCGCAUGUUUUCCCUUAAUACUUACAUGUAUGUCAGUACUGACGCUCUCUUGUCACUGCAAAUUCUGCAGACCGAAUUGCACCCCAAUAGCCAAGCGUGGGGACCAGAUGCGAACAAGAGCAAUUCGAAAGAAAGUCUUUCAGUAUAUGGACUGUUCCAUCACCUGGCUUGUACCCCUCAAGGUCGUGCACAACUACGCCAACUCUUCCUUCGACCCCUGUUGGACCUCGACAUCAUUUCGGAGAGGCAGAGGACUAUCACAGUAUUGCUUCAACCAGACAACGCCGACAAACUUGCACAAUUGACUUCGACCCUACGCAAAAUUCGAAACAUGCGCACCACGCUAGCGCAGUUGCGAAAAGGCAUUGAGUUUCCCUCCGCUGGUCAUUCUUUCGAUAGGGGCGUAUGGGCAACAAUCCAGAAGUUCACCGCCCAAGCUCUGACUCUCAGAGACACGAUAGGCUUGUUUAAUGGAGGCUCUGAUAUAGUGAUCUUCAAGAAAUCCAAGGCACGACACAGAUCCUCCGUCAGAACCGGAAUUGAUCCUCAACUUGACGAACUCAAAAGACGGUAUGACGGGAUGGACAGCUUCCUGACAGAAGUUGUCAACCAACUCAAUAGGGAGUUACCACAAUGGGCACGCAAGCAUGUUCGAUCGUGCAUCUUUCUGCCACAAAUAGGUUUUCUCACAGUGGUGGAAUCAAAUCGCCUGACAGGUAACGGGCAAUAUGAAGGAGAGGGGACAGCUGUUGGAGCCUGGGAAAAGUUGUUUACUGCGGACGGUGCAGUGUGCUACAAAAACAGCUACAUGAGAGAGUUAGACGAGGAAUAUGGGGACAUGUAUUGCCAGAUUGGAGGUAAAGUUUUGGAGCACGAGGAGCCUCUCUUGCUCGCCUCAGACAUGUGUGGUGAGUUUGAUGCAAUACUUGCCCUUGCGCUUGGUGCCGAAAAGUACGAUUGGCAUGCACCACAAAUGGUGGAAGCAAGCAUUAUUCAUAUCGAGGAAGGCCGCCAUCCUCUACAAGAACUUGUUGUGCCAGCCUUUAUCCCAAAUCCCUGCCAUCUCUUUACAGGGACAUCAAACAUAACGGCGGUCCAAGACGGCUCUCCUCAGGCUCUGGUCCUGACUGGGCCAAAUCACUCUGGAAAGAGCGUCUAUCUCAAACAAACAGCUUUAAUUGUGUAUCUUGCCCACAUCGGCAGUUUUGUGCCGGCAGUUCAGGCAACAAUUGGGCUCACAGAAAGCAUCUUGACCUGUAUAUCUCCUAGGGAAAGCAUGUCUGGAGGCGAGAGCUCUUUUGCAAGGGACAUGAAACAAGCUGCGCUAUCAAUGAAAUCAUCAACACCUAGAAGCCUCGUCUUGGUAGAUGAGUUCGGGAAAGGGACCAAUGGCGAUGAUGGUGCCGGACUGCUAGCCGCGUUACUGGACUACUACCUAUCUCUCGGACCCGAGUGCCCUCGUCUACUUGCUGCUACACACUUUCAUGAAGUUUUCGAGUGUGGGUAUUUGGAAAAUCACAAUGGGUUACGCAUUGCGCACAUGAACGUCAGAAUGGACUGGAAUGCAUCACUUGUUGAUGAUCAAGUGACCUUUCUCUUCAACCUUGAGUAUGGUCAUAGCACGUCGAGUUUUGGAGGCAGAUGUGCAGCUUUGAAUGGGGUGCCAAGCGCAGUGGUUGAACGUGCAGAAAACAUUUCAAAGUUGCUGGCCCGAAACGAAGACCUGAGUGCGAUUUGUGCCCGCCUUUCUCGAGCAGAGGAAGUCCAGCUUGGGAAGGCAGAGAUGACUGCGCGGCUUUUUGUAAGCGAGACCUUCGGCGACCAAGAUGAGGCCAACUCGAACCGGGAAGAACAUACGAGGGGCUCUAUUAUUGAGGUAUUGGAGGAUAUACUAUCGCCUGGUAUUUGA